AUGUCGAGCGGAGACGGGCAGGCACUGCCCAACGAAACCGGACGUGCAGUGCGGUACUUGGAUGCGCUGGAGAUAUUCACCAAAGGCGACUUUGAGCGAGUAAAGAGCAUCAUUCCGCGGUGGAUGGACUCGUACGACCGCGGUGCAGCAGAGCCCCACGACGCAGCCAUAGCGCACAGCACGCCGCUGCAUCUGGCAGUCCAGUGCGCCAAGCGUGAUAUGAUCGUGCAACUGCUCGAGUUUGACGCCCCAAAGGUGCCGAUUGACGCAGCAGACAAACAGGGAAUGACGGCAUUGCAUCUGGCGGCCAAGGCCGGGCGCAAGGACGUGGUCAAGGUUUUGCUUAGACAUGGUGCCGACGACAUGCUUCUGGACGCGUCUGGCCAGGACGCACUGGCGUACGCGACAGAGCCGGACGUGGCAGCGGUAAUCCAGGAUCACCGCUCGGAGCUGGUGCGUAGCACAACCGCGCGGCUACUGGCACUAGCCCGCGCAGGUGGCGAUGUGCAGGAGAUGCUGGACGACGCGGCAGUGGCGGCUCGCGUUAACCUGGCGGCUCGCGACUCGGAGACCGGCGGUACCCUUCUGCAUGUUGCUGUGCAGCAGAACAAUGUGGGCCUGGCUAAGUGGGCGAUCACGCAGGGUGUCGAUGUGUUCGCCAAGGACGGUGACGGUGCCUUGGCAGACAAGUAUGCGACGACACCGGCAAUGACGGAACUGCUGGGCCAGGCACCCAUGGGCAAUGCGCGGACGGCGCUCUCGGGCAGCGCACCGAAGCUGAGCGGGCAGCUGCACAAAUGGACAAACUACGCCAGCGGGUGGAAGCAGCGGUGGUUUGAGCUGGAGGCUGGCGUGCUGUCGUACUACAAAGACAAGGCCGAUGCCGACGCGUCCUGCCGCGGCGCCAUCAACCUGCGCAUAGCUCGCAUUGUGAUGGCCAAGGACCGCACGCAGUUCGAGGUCCACGGCAAGGGCUCAAUCCGCUACCGCCUCAAGGCCAAGGACGCGGCUGUGGCCAAGCAGUGGGUGCACAUGCUGAAUCUUUCCAAGCAGUGGGCCCUCGAGAACCACAAGCAUCCGGCUGAGUCUGAGCGCACCCUGGGCUACUCCCACCGCGGCAGCGUCAGCACCGCUAGCGUCCCGGCCGAUGAUACGGCUCCGGCCGAGCCGCCGGUGCGCGAGCGCUCGGGCAGCCAGUCGCGGCAGAGCAAGGUGGGCUCGGCGGCAUCCAGCAUUCUGAGCAGCGAGAGCGACGACGAGCUGUUUAUGGCCCGCGACGAUUUCUCGGCUGCGCUGUCUGAGGUCAAGGCGCAGCUGUUUUUGCAGGGGCAGCUGCUUGAUAGCCUGCAGGAUGCUGCACCGCAGUACCACGAGAUGGCCGCACGCACGACGCGCCAGCUGACUCUGCUGCUGGGGCAGGUCGAGCAGGCGUACAAGGCCUGCAAUAAUGCCUGGCAGACCAAGAUGCGUAAGGAGCAGGAGCGCAUUGAUAUGCUUGCUGACAGCCUGCGCACUGCCGUCGUCAACUCCAACAGCCUGAUCGACACGAUCCGCACCAAGGGCCAGACGCCCAUCUCAAGCGCUCCGGUGACGCCUGUUGCUACUGAGGGCCCGCAGGGGCUGGAGGCACGGGAUAUUUGCUCUGCUGCCUUUGCCUCGGACAUUGCCGAGCCAGUCGAUGAUGACGAGGACGAGGACGACGACUCGGACUUUGCCGAUGCCACCGACGAGUUCUUUGAUGCCGUCACGUCGGCUGUGGCCCAGGGCAGCAUGCCAAGUGCUGGCGAGAAGCCCGAGGAUACAGUCCCAGAGCCAGACACUGCUCCAGAUGCUGCGCCCGAGGCUACACCAGAGACCACGCCCGAGGCCACACCGUCAGCUGAUCUGACCCACCUGAGCGGCUACUCGCUGCCGGUGCGGAUCCGCAACGAGCUGCCGGAGAUCAAGAAGGGCGGGCCAUCGCUGAACCUGUGGUCGAUCAUCAAGGGCGCAAUCGGCAAGGACCUGUCCAAGAUCUCUGUGCCUGUGUUCUUCAACGAGCCGUCGUCGUUCCUGCAGCGGUUCACCGAGGACAUGGAAUACUGCGAUCUACUGGAGAUCGCGACGCUUCUGCGGCGCAGCGAGGACCGCACGCUAUUUGUAGCUGGCUUCGCCAUGAGCAACUACGCGUCAACCUUUGGCCGCAUCGCCAAGCCGUUCAACCCGCUGCUGGGCGAGACAUUCGAGUACGUCAGGCGGGACAAAAAGUACCGCGCGCUGUCGGAGCAGGUCGAGCACCACCCGCCGAUCUCCGCAUGCUGGGUCGAGGGCAAGAACUACACGUACCAUGCCGACACGAACAUCCGCUCCAAGUUCAACGGCGGCUCGCUGACCGUGGUCCCGACGGGCGUGUGCCACGUGACACUGAAGCUGCCCCUGGCGUUCCUGGAGCGCGACGCCGACGCGGGCACACCAAAGCAAGAAGCGCACAUACACGAGGGGUACUUCACCGAGCACUACACGUGGGACAAGCUGACGACGAACGUGAACGGCAUCAUGAUUGCCAACUUCUGGAUCGAGCAUGUCGGCGACCUGAACGUGCGCAACCACCGCACCGGUGACCUGACAAAGAUCACCUUUAUGCAGUCCAACUGGAUGGGCAAGAACAAGUUCCGCGUGACUGGCGAGGCCCGUAACCGCCAGGGCUCCAUUGUCCACGAAAUCGCCGGCGACUGGACCUCCAAGCUGGUCGCCAAGCCUGUCGGCCACCGUGGAGACUCCGAGGCCACCGACAUCCCGCGCCCGCAGUACAUGGACGACGCGGCCACACUAGGCGAUGCGGUGCGGUUCGCCGAGUCGAACUCGUUGGAGCUGCCGCAGCGCCCGUUCGUGCUCUGGAAGGCCAAUGCACGCGGCGAAAACGCCUACCACCUAACCAACUUUGCCGUGUCGCUCAACGAUAAGCCCGCCGGGCUCGAGCCGUACCUGUGCCCGACCGACUCGCGCUUCCGCCCUGACCAGCGCGCGAUGGAGACCGGCGAAUACGAGCUCGCCGACCGUGAAAAGUCGCGCUUGGAGAAUAAGCAGCGUGCAACACGGCGGCGGCGCGAGCAAGGCGAGCUGAAGCCAUGGAAGCCACGCUGGUUCGUCAAGGACACUGACAAGGACUCGGGCGAGUCCUACUGGCGCUUCACCGGCGAAUACUGGGCUGAGCGCGAGCGUGCCGCAAAGCACCAGACCAGUGGCCCGCCCAAGAUUGAGGCAUGGGAGGACGUCGAGGAUAUCUUUUGA